CCUCCCUCCCUCCCCGCUCGGCGUCCCCGCGCGGGCGGAAGCGGGCGGUGCGCGGCGCGGCAAGAUGGCGGCGGCCGGGCGGCGGUGCGCCGUGGCGUGGCUGGCGCUGGCGGCCGUCGCGGCGGCGCUGGCGCUGGCGCAGGGCAGGCGGAGCCAAGUGAAGACGCUGACGGACGGCACGUGGCGGGAGCUGCUGGAGGGCGAGUGGAUGGUGGAGUUCUAUGCCCCGUGGUGCCCCGCCUGCCAGAACCUGCAGCCCGAGUGGGAGAAGUUCGCCGAGUGGGGAGAGGAUCUUGAGGUGAAUAUUGCUAAAGUGGACGUGACCGAGCAGCCAGGAUUAAGUGGACGAUUUGUCAUAACAGCUCUUCCUACCAUCUAUCAUUGUAAAGAUGGAGAGUUUAGGAGAUACCAAGGUGCAAGAACUAAAACUGAUUUCAUAAAUUUCAUCAGUGAUCAGGAAUGGAAGUCCGUGGAACCUGUUUCAUCAUGGUUCGGUCCUUCCUCUUUUCUGAUGAGCAGUAUGUCUGCUUUGUUUCAGUUGUCAAUGUGGAUCAGGCAUUGCCACGGUUAUUUGACAGAAAAUGUUGGAAUACCAGUUUGGGGUUCGUAUGCCAUUUUCGCAUUGGCAACUCUCUUCUCAGGACUGAUACUGGGGCUUAUAAUGGUGUUCUUAGCAGACUGUCUCUGUCCAUCCAAAAGGCACAGACAACAGCAGUACCCCUAUUCAAAAAAGCUAGCUCCAGAGUCAGCUCAGCUAUUGAAAAAGCUGGAUGAAGAGCAAGAAGCAGAUGAGGAAGAUCUUUCAGAUGAUGAAAUAGAGGAUAAAGAGGUGUCCAACAGAAACUCUUCGAUGAAUGCUGUAAGACAGCGCCCAGUGAACCCUGCUACUACAAUGGAUAAAUCUUAGUUUUAUUUGCAUGCAGGAUUACUGUUUGUGAGUCACUAACUCAAAAGCAGUUGAAUGUAUCAAAUCCUUCAGCUUGAAGAGAGGAGUGACUCCUGUCAUGAUAGUAUUGAUGCAUUUCACUAAUUCAGAAAAAAGAUACUUUUUAUCUUUGGCAUCAGGUAUUCAAAACUAAAACAUGCUGUUGCAAAUGGCUGAAACUUCUCCUGUCUGUGUGCAGAGAAGUGCCAAGAAAUAAUUUGUGUGGCUUUUCGAAUGACUUGUUCUAUAGUUGUUUUACAGAAUAUAAGCCAGUGUACUCGUUGCAUUAGGGAACAUUAGGAAGGAAAAUGCACUAACUUUUUUGCCAUUAAAGCAUUCAGAAAGGUUUCUCAGUAUAAAUCUAUCUAGUUGUGCUCUGAAGAAAUGCUGAGGGGAAAAAUUCCUUCAAUUAUUGGACCUUCUCCAGGCGACAAAAAAAUGUUUUAAAUGAUCUAGUUCUUUUGCUAUGACAAUGAAUGCUGCAAAAAAAAUCCAAUCUUCCUUCAUCCAGAUCUCUUACUAGAGGCCGCCCUUCAUUUUGUAAGUUGCUGAGACCAAUGCGGAGUAUAUUGAUUGUCUUCAAAAUGAAGCAGCAACUUGCUAAUGUUGAAUAAGCAUUAGCAAGAAAGAUUUUCCCUUUACUAGAAUGAAGAUGCAUUUUGCAAAAUACUUGUAUUGUUCUAUUCUGCAUUCUUUUCCCUGCUCUCCUGACUUUUCAAGUCAGCUUCUGCAUUAUGAGUUAAAAUCAGAGCUCUGUAUUUCCAGUUUGGAAUAUGAUAUGAAAAUAUGAUCUGAUGACACUAUGUUUUGACCUGACGUCAGAAGAGCAGUGGAAGAAUGUAACAUCUCAUUCAUAGUUCAGCAGGCUUCUUACUCUGCUUGCUGAGGAUGUGAAAGUUCAGAGGUACUGUAUGAAAUACUUAGUAUUGACAAAGUAAUUUCUGGCUGCCUUCUUUUUUUGAGGAAAAGGUAUUUUUGAUUUCUGUUUACAAGCUUCUGAGCAUUUAUUUUUUGAAUAUAUUUGAGACAAAUUACUAUGAGCUUCUGAAGAAAGCAAGAUGUUGUAUCUUCUGCCUGCCAAUAGAAAUAGCAUACACUCCUGACCCAUUCCUCAGUGUGAAUUUUCUCUUUAACCGGAAGUUGAUGCAUGUUGAAAAAACUUGAGCACAAAACUCUAGACAUGCAUCAGAGUGCUCUUCUGCCCCAUUUUGAUUUGUAAGGGAGUGUUCAGGUCACUGUCAUUAGUGUGGUACACAACUCUUCUGCUCUUUCAAAUACUACAUGACUGCUAUAGCUGGCAAGUAAGUAAAAACAAGUUAGCAUUUGCUACUAGAGCACAGACAAGUGACACGGAGAACUGAUCCAGAGGAGCUAAAACACAAGCUCAAGAAUACCCCAAAGCUCUUUUGGGAAAUGAUCUUCCUCUUCAGAGUAAUAAACUUGCUCUGAUCCAGCACAAAAUCAAGCUCCCUUGAAAUAAUCUGAAGCGCUGUUUCUCUGAGACAUUUGUCAUCUUUUGAAACCUCAACUGUAGUUGAAGGAGUGAUCUCUGGUAUAGACACCUACUUAAAAUAAAUGUAAAUUUUUUCGUGAUUAGAUUACUGUGAUAUUCCUGUAAUAACAUUACUACCUUUAUUCAGAGGAGCAGAAGUUCCCUUCUGAAAUGCAUCUUGUGCUUCUGCUGACUGUUCACAUCCGCUGUGCUGGAGUUAGGGUGGAGUGAGUGAAAGCCGGAGUGCUCGUCUUUGCCAUCCUCACAGGUGGAAGUUACUGGAGGUGCGCUGUGUAGUGCAGAGUCUCUGGCUGACUAGAAACCUACUAUUUGCAGUGAUUGCUUUUUAGAACAUGAACAGGAGGUUCUUAUUCUAUUCUGAAGACUACAGAAAACUAUGCUUCUUGGUGAAGUAAUUCUACUCUGAAAAAAUAACAAGUAGCAAGUCGCAAUGACUGAAUCAAACGGGGUUAGUUUACACAUAGGGCACACUUCUGUUGAGUGUGACUCCUACCCAUUCAUCCUGCUGUAUGGCAGUAGAACUCUGCUUGUUGUUAAUACAUUGUCAAUAAUUUAUGCUUAACCAAAUCUUCCUAAAAAUCCAACCAGGCUGUACCUGGUCUCAACUUGAAAUAACUACUUAUUUUUCUUUUUUAACAGAAUGUCAUCUUUUCUGUUUUCACAAAACCAUCUUAAAACAAUAUACCCUAAUCAUUUUUUUAAAAAACCUGUAGUCUACUGUUUUCUGAUUUUUAUUUUCUCUGUGUAGAAAUAAAAAGAAUGCAUAUAAGCAUUGGA